CCCACCAGGCCAGAGCCGAUGGAGACUCGUUUUCAGAGUUUCAGGCCCACAGACUCUUCUCCCUCGGGGGAGGCAGGUAAGAGGAGGGAGGAGCGUUUGCCAUGGCCCCGCCCCCAUCCUUGCCUUCCUCCAGAGCAGAGGUGGCCUGCUCGGCAUUCCCUGGGACGUACUGCAGCGAUGGGGAAGGCAGGAGGAGAUGAGACGUACUUCCAGAGGAGCAGUCUGUUCUGGGUCACCGUCAUCACCGUCUCCUUUGGCUAUUACACGUGGAUGAUCUUCUGGCCUGAGGCUAUUCCGUAUCAGAGCCUAGGGCCGCUGGGCCCCUUCACUCAGUACUUGCUAGAGCAUCAUCACACCCUUGUGCACAGUGGGUAUUGGCUUGCCUGGCUGAUUCACGUGGGAGAGUCCUUGUAUGCCAUUGUAUUGUGCAAUGUAUCAUUGGUGACUGUAAACCAAAAUGAAUAUUCCUUUGGACUUAUGAACGAAUACAUUUAAGUGAAAGAAUCACGAAGACCUGUAGAACAUAUGGAAGCCCUACCCCACAUCCCACUAUCCAGCAAUAAAAAGAAAUGGAUGAAUUCCAUUUAACCAGACAUAAGACUGGACUGAACAUUUGACUUUUUAGCCACCAUAUCUAUAUACAUAUAGAUAUAAACUCUUGUAUAACUUUUUUCUGUUGUCACAUAUGCCUGUUUUCCCGUGUCUAUACCUAUAAAUUUACCUCAUUUCAUUAGUACAUAGUAUUCUAUUAUAUAGAUGUGCCUUAAUGUAUUUAACAAAUCUUCCUUCUGACAGACUUUUAAGCCUCUAGUUUUUUGGGGUUUGUUUGGUUUUUGUUUCUUUCUGACUAUUGUAAGUAAUGCUGUGUAAACGUGAAUUUCUUGUACAUCCUGGCCCACUUUGAUAUAUAUUUCAUUUUUCUAUUGUUUGGUGGUAGAAUGUAUGAAUAUAGUUGAUUCUACUGACCUCACACCCAGUGACCUUGAUACAUUCAUUUUUUAGUUCUAAUAGUUCCUCUGUUCAUCUAAUAGUUCAUCAUUAAUAAUUUAAAGGAUUCCUUUUCAUUUUCUAGGUACACAAUUGUCUCCGGAAAUAAAGACAGUUUUAUUUCUUCCUUUCAAUUUCCAUAUACCUUUUAUUUAUGUUUUUGCCCUCGCACUGGCUAGUACGUCCAGUCCAUGUCAACCAGAAGUGGUGAUAGUAGCCUUGUUCCUAAUCAAAGGGAAAGCUUUCAGCAUUCUGCCUCGUGUUUUUUCUAAAAUUGUAUAGACCUUCUCUGUCAGAAUAAAGAAGUUCCAUUCUCUUUCUAAGUUUUCUGAGAACUUGUAUUGAGAAUGGAUGUUGAAAUUUAUCAAAUGCUUUUUCUGCAUUUAUGAA